AUGCCUUUACUAAGGGUUAAUAACCCUGCCCGCCGCACGGCGUGUACUCAUAUGACCAUGACCCGUCUAUUUGACCCCAUUGGCUCUUUCAAGUGCUCCAUUUGCUCCAAACACCCCAGCAUUGGCUGGCUGUAUCGUUGCACGCAAGACUCGGACAGCUUUCUGCCAGAAACUGAUUUCACAGGCCAACCAUCAAAUACCAAGAAGAGGAAUUGCAACGAUGUGGCUGCACACUCUCUCAGUGCCUCAAUCAUCGAAGCAAUCGGACAAGGACAAUACACGGAUGAACAGAUCAGAUCCUUGAUGGAUCAGAAAGAGAAGGUCAGGCAUCUCAUCCUUGCCCAGGAGAGCAGACCUCCCACAGCGUCCACAUCGUCGACCGCAACUGCAUCAUCCUUCGAAGGAAGCCUUUCGACCCUCCCUCAGAGUACAACAUUCUCAACGACAUCCUCGACCUCUCUCGACGAAGAAAUCAAAGCGGCCUAUGACUGGAAAGAGUUGCAAAAAGUCUGGAUGUCAGAGCCUUCCAUCCCUCCUCCAGAGUGUGAAACUAAGCGAAUACUUCCUGUCAUACCGACUCUGGAUUCCAGAUUGCUCAGUCCGCAGCCGUGCGAAUUCAUGGUUUGCCCUACUUGUAGACCGACUUACCGCGAGCGUGCCUACCAACCGCUUGAGGCCAUACUCAACAGUCCUGUUCAGUUUCCGCCCCCUUGGGAGCUUGAGAACCGCCGAGUCUCUGAUGCACGGGUCCUGGCAGAGAUUACCCUACCCGAGCAUUCGGGAACGGAUUUUUCCAUGGGAGACACAAGACGUCAAUCACUUCUGAGCCCACCGAAUAUCGUUGUCCACGAGGCAGAAAACAUGGAAGCUCCUCAGCAUUCAGGUGAUGUACACUCUGUUCGCAAGCGCAGUGGCUUUCGGCAGACAGUCAGGAAAGCUCUUGCAAGAGCCCGGACUGAAAACACCUUUCCACAAAUGUUCAACGACCUCCCUGAUCACGACAACAAUCCGGACAGCUCACGACAAUCAAGAUCCCUCAUCUCCAGGCGCAGAAGGUCGCGUGCCACGUUGUCAUUCGUCCAAACACACGGCCGCGUGGUUGAUACCAGCUCACUUCAAGAUUCAGUCACGCUAAUGGUUGCCACCAAUACUCCAUUACCGCAUACACCGACCGUGAGCACCAGCCAUGCGGCAGGAGCGCAAAAUCAGGAUUUACAACAGCAUCUUGGUACGAUUGACACCGGGAUUGCGGACGUUAUCGCACAGGCAUAG